AUGUCUUCAAGUGAUUCUAGUGACUAUGAAGAGAUGGAUGCGGAACCGGUGGACGCAAUACCGUGUGUAUUCUGUACAGAGGCUUCGUCAAAUGAUCACGAGCUCAUUUCUCACUGCGCGGCAAAACACGGUGUUCAGCUGAACAGCGUUUUCGCGCGGAUGAAGGACGUAUUCGACGUGAUCAAAGCAAUCAACUAUUUGAGGAAAGAAAAGCCUUCGCCGGAAGAGUUCAGCCUGCUGUCCAGCGCGCAGUCGCCUCCCUGGAGCGAUGACAAGUAUUUGGAGCCUUCCAUCCCUAACGAUCCCCUUCUCAGGGUGGAUUUCGAGCGUUCUCAAGAUCAUAAUCAUGACGAGGACUCGAUGAACGAUGUUGCUUUCCUCCGGGAGCAGCUGGAUAUCGCUCACCAACGAAUCGUCCAGAUGCAAAAAACAGCACGAGUGAUUCUCGACGGGAGACAAGGACAGCCCGGGGAUGUCAAAAUAUCGAGAGCCGUUGGAGAUCUCAAAGUCUCCGAAGAUUCAGGCUACAUAGAUUCAUAUUCGCAAAUUGAAAUCCAUGAGACAAUGUUGCAGGACAAGCGCAGAACAGAGAGCUAUCGGGACGCGAUCGUAACGAACACUCCGAUGGUAAAAAACAGAGUCUGCCUCGAUGUCGGCUGCGGUACCGGGAUUCUCUCGAUGUUCCUGGCUCGAGACGGCGGAGCUUCGAAGGUUACCGGCGUCGACUUCUCUGAAAUCAUUUACCACGCGAUGGAUAUCGUUCGCGAGAACAAGCUCGAGAAUAUCGUGCAUCUGGUCAAGGGAAGACUUGAAGAUCUCGAGCUCGAGCCAGCUGAUGUCAUCAUUUCGGAAUGGAUGGGCUAUUUCCUCAUUUAUGAGAGCAUGCUAGAUACGGUCAUCGCUGCGAGGGAUAAAUAUCUCAAGCCCAAUGGAGUGAUGCUUCCCAACAGGGCGAACAUGUAUCUAACGCUCACCGACGAUAUGGAGCUAUACAAGCAGCACGUGGCGUUCUGGGAUGACGUCUACGGUUUCAAGAUGUCAUGUCUGCGUGAACCCGCAAUAGCUGAUGGAGUGGUGCGACAGCUCGCGCCCGAGUCCAUAUGCGGCAGUACCGCGACGAUAAAAACCUUCAACUUGUACACUGUGACCGUUGCGGAUACCAUGUCCUUCCGAUCCCCGUUCGAAUUGAAGAGCGAGCGAGAUACGACAGUCACUGGUCUCGUGGGUUUCUUCGACGCGUGUUUCGACCUACCGCGGAAGGUGGUGUUGAGCACCGACCCGCGCGGAGAACCUACCCAUUGGAAACAAACUACAUUCCUGCUCCCGGAUCCCAUAAAAGUGUCUGCAAACGACAAGAUCUGUGGUACAAUCUGCGUCGAACGGUCUCCCCGUGACCGGAGGGGACUAGAAAUCUGCAUUGAGCUCGACGGUCGCCCUCCCUUGAAAUAUCAUCUGUGAGCGGGUGAUCGUUGUAACUAAUUUAUACAUAUAAUA